UGCCGCUUCCUCAGCCUGGCUCCCGGCGCGGUAAGGCAUCCUCGCGGCGUGAGCGCAGAGGGUAGAAGGUCCGACUGGCGCGCGGGGCCCCUCAGGCCUGCAGUAGUCCCGCGCAGGCGGGCGGUGGCGGGGGUCGGCGCCGUCCAGGAGGCCGAGGCGGCGCCAUGUCGACAGGCGGCCCGUGCCCGGCGGCCGCUGGAGGGGACCCGGGGGGCGCUGCGGGGGUCUCCCCGGGUGGGGUCUCCAUGUUCCGGUGGCUGGAGGUGCUGGAGAAGGAGUUUGACAAGGCCUUCGUGGACGUGGACCUGCUGCUGGGCGAAAUCGACCCGGAUCAGGCGGACAUCACCUACGAGGGGAGGCAGAAGAUGACGAGCCUGAGCUCCUGCUUUGCGCAGCUGUGCCAUAAAGCGCAGACCGUGUCGCAGAUCAACCACAAGCUGGAGGCGCAGUUGGUAGACCUGAGGUCUGAACUGACAGAGACCCAGGCAGAGAAGGUUGUGCUGGAGAAAGAGGUCCACGACCAGCUCUUACAGUUGCACUCCAUCCAGCUACAGCUUCAUGCGAAAACUGGGCCCAGUGUUGACUCCGGUACCAUCAAGGCGAAAUUGUCUAACCUCUCUGUGGAAGAGCUGGAAAGAGAGCUUGAAGCAAACAAAAAAGAAAAGGUGCAAGAAGCCCAGCUUGAAGCUGAAGUGAAGUUGUUGCGAAAAGAGAAUGAGGCCCUGCGCAGACACAUAGCUGUUCUCCAGGCCGAGGUGUACGGUGCCAGGCUGGCUGCCAAGUAUUUGGACAAGGAGCUGGCUGGCAGGGUCCAGCAGAUACAGUUAUUAGGACGAGACAUGAAAGGCCCUGCUCAUGACAAGCUUUGGAACCAGUUAGAAGCUGAGAUCCAUUUGCACCGGCACAAGACUGUCAUCAGAGCCUGCAGGGGACGGAAUGACCUAAAACGACCCAUGCAGGCCCCUCCGGGCCAUGAUCAAGAUUCUUUAAAGAAAAGCCAAGGAGUUGGUCCCAUCAGAAAAGUUCUUCUGCUUAAGGAAGACCAUGAAGGCCUCGGCAUUUCAAUUACAGGUGGGAAGGAGCAUGGUGUUCCAAUCCUCAUCUCUGAGAUCCACCCCGGGCAGCCUGCUGACAGAUGUGGAGGCCUACAUGUUGGGGACGCCAUCCUGGCAGUCAACGGAGUUAACCUGAGGGACACAAAGCAUAAAGAAGCUGUAGCCAUCCUUUCCCAGCAGAGAGGCGAGAUUGAGUUUGAAGUGGUGUACGUGGCUCCUGAAGUGGAUUCUGAUGACGAGAAUGUGGAGUAUGAGGAUGAAAGCGGGCAUCGUUAUCGUCUGUACCUGGAUGAAUUGGAGGGCGGCGGCAACCCUAGUGCUAGUUGCAAAGACACCAGCGGGGAAGUCAAAGUGUUCCCAGGGUAUAAUAAGAAGACAGUCACUGAUGCCCAGGAGAAUGGAGACCUGGAGACUUCAAGUGAGACUCCACUAGAUGAUGCUGCUUCGAAAUUAGAUGACCUGCACAGUGGUCUGUAUCAUAAAAAGUCUUUCUGAGCAUCUACAUCUCCAGACAGGAUUGCUCGCCAGACUGUUUUGAAUUGGGGGCACUAGAGAAUGGUGACAAAGACCAUCCUGGGUCAAGAGAGGCUGUUUUGUUGCCUAGAGAAAGGCAGGUACCUCAGGGCUUCAUGCAAACAGUUCUAAAUGCACAACCCCCAUUUCUGUGGUACCCCACGAUUAGCUAUUGCAUGUAAAGCAUUUUUGGUUUACCUGGAAUUGUAAGCACCAAAGCAUGUGUUUCCCAAAGGAAUAUUGUAUUUCUAGGUUCUUAGGUACCAAAUGAAGCACUACUAUUUUAUUUGAUUUCUUUUCUUAUUUGGGAGUAGGACAGUGCCAACUGCAAUUUUGUGAAAAACAACCAUUAAAUUCACGAGAAUAAGGGAGUUCACAUUAUAUAUUUCAGAAUGUUAACUGUGGUGUUUCAAAGGACAGAAUUGACUCCAUGAAUUGAGUCUGCACAAUGCUGGGAGAGAAAUGUAGGCUUAAUUUUUUAUAAGAAAGAAUGACUUUAGGGUUAAAAAAAUUUUAUUGUGCAUCCUGAUACAUAAAUUCUUUAUAGUCACUUAUUUUAGUAGGUUUGCCUUCUAGCCUCGUUCCAUGCAAUACAAAAUAGUUUUCUUUGAGCAAUCCUUUAUAAAUCAGUGGUGCACCAGAAAGAGUUUCUGAAGUUACUUUAAAUUUUACUUUUGGUUUUAAAGGAAGUGGAGAUGAGUAUAAAAUACCUGUUCUCAAUUAUGUUGAUCUGUAUGCAUGGUAUUGGAACAUUAUAUUAUUAAUGUUUAGUCUCAAGUGUUUAUUUUCUGGGGACCGUGAAAGAGUUUUAUGUUUUGAAUUGUUCGUAAAGUUUGUCUUGUGAUGAACUGGGCAGGUGAAGAUAAGGUAUCUGGCAGGAAAGGCUGAAGUAUGCUGAGCUGUUGUAAACAGCAGUUCUGCCUCAGCACUGGGUUGCCAGUCACCCAUCCAACUGGGGCUGGUGCGGCCAGAACAGAGCCAGUCACUGAGCCAUAUGCUCCUCAUGUUAGUGCCUGUGUGACUGCAGGGCGUGCAUGUGCGCACCACUGCUCCUUCUCUUAUCCCAGGAGCAAGCAUGGAGCCCGCUCUCCACUUGCUGUUCCACAUUGCAUUUGAAGAGGUGGUACUUGCUGCUUCUGUCACCGUUUCACAGGAUUAAACAUUUAAGGGUAUAUGAGGGGGAGAAAGUCUGUAUGGCUUUAAGAAUAUUAUCAGUGUCUCGUUUCAAGUAUUUAGAUGUUAUGUUGAUGAAACAUUUUCUUGUCUUCCCCAGAUGCACUAUAUAUUUGUUCAAAGUCAAAUUUAUAAACUGUAUAUACUUAAUUUCAUGAUUUUGCUAUUUAUAAAUUUUUGUUUUACCUGUAGCUCAUUUAGGUUUUGUUUUGGGUGGCUUUAUGCAUCUGUAUAUCACCGUGUUAAUUUGCAACUAGAAGUGCACUUCAUAGUGUAUAUUGUUACUGAUAUUAAAAUACUUUGUAGUAUAAUAUUGCCUCUAAGCAGGAGUUAGUAUUUAAUGAAUAAGGAAGUUGUACACUGUUCUUCUUUCCUGACAGGGGUGGGGGUUAAGCUUCUUUUAAGAAAUAGCUUGUCUUUUCUUUAGCAUCCCCCAUGCCAGACAUACAUAAGGUCAGCAGACUGGAUUUUAGCCUGUGUACUUGUUAAUAAGGAAAACUGGGACCGCAGCAGGGCUGGACAUACGGAACCACGCUGUUACUAUCUUAAAACACGACGGAGUGGACUGACCAUGGCAUUUCUUCUGGAAAGAUCCUGUCCACUAGGCCUGAGCCCAUAGCAAAUGUGAGCUGUACUCUUUAGAUUUUCAGGAAGUACAUGAAGGUCUAAAAAGGUUUUCAAGACCUUGCGUUAGGAUUUUCAUGAGUUUGUUUGUCAGUCAAAGGGUCGAGUGAAAUGGUUAGGAUGGAAAUUCCCCCCUCAGCUGACAGCAGAUGGUAGGUUUGCACACAGCCGCUCCCUUUUGGUCUGUCUCCUGUGAGUAUUCGUGCAUUCCGAGGCCACUGUGAGCCUUGUGUGUCAUACCCAGCUUGCUGCACACUUGUGUUAGAAAACACACAUCAUCCUGGGAAUGGAUUUGUAGUUACAGGCUUUUCCCAAAGGCCCAAGUGCAAACCAAUUCUGGUGGUUCCACAUUUCCAGGAAAAAAAUUCAUAUAAUACUGAGACUUCUGGGAAAAAGCCAAACAGGUAAGGAACAGUGAAAAAGGGAAAGAAAAAAUUAACAUAGAAAAGCAAUUGUUGAGAGUGUCCAAAAUAAAUAAAUACAUAUAUAUAUGUGUGUAUGUGUGUGUGUAUAUAUAUAUAUAUAUUUACUAUUAACCUAGAUUCUCAUCUCCAGUAUUUCUGGUAGGAGUGUGAUGGAAUACAGUAUUGCUAAAACACAUGCAAGAAAGAUGGAAAUUUUGUGAGUGUUGGCAUUUAAAAUUGAAGUUACCUAAAGUUAGCACAGCUUGGUGCCAGUUGUUUUUCCCACCGCUGUGGACUGACUGUUUCAUACUUAGAAGCCAGACCGAUGGUUCAAUGCAAGUUGCACAUUACUUGACGUUCUGUGAUCUGCUGUCUACCUGCCAGCCUUCUUCUAGGGGCGGCUUCAGAUCUAUCAGAUGUGUUGUAUCUAGGUGAGUUCAAUAUUUUUUUAUUAGCCUGUAAAUAAAGAUGACAUCGCCUACAUUAAAACAGUAUGGGUCUCAUUUUAAAAAAUAAACAUUUUUUUGUUCUUUCA